GUCACCUUCAAGACAGCUCACUUCAGUACAGAUACGCUUACCCAGGCCUCGCUGGACCCGACUCCCUGUGAGGCCCUCUGGACAUGACAGCAUCUUCGAUGGGCCCUUGGAAUGCGAACCUGCUGGUUGCUGUGGUACUGCUGUGUGCCUGUACGUCUGCUUCAGGACUAAGACAAUGUCUCCCGGUACCACGCACCAGCAUGUCCGUGGAUGUGAGAACAUCUAUGACAAAAGUCAUGAAGUCGCAGCAAAGUUUAUAUCCGGAGGACUGCAUCCAGGAAUGUUGCUUGGGAAACACAGUCCAAGGUGUGAAGAAGUGCAGCUUGGUUGUGUACAACCGUCCUGUAGCAGGACAAGAUAACUGCUGGUUAUUUCACUGUGAUAAAGAGACUGACUGUCCAUUGAAAAGAACACCAGGGACAACAACCUAUCUGCUAAACGAUUUUUUUACAAUACCCCCAACUACCAUCACCACCACUAGGAGGAUCGCUACUAGCACCACAACGACAUCGACCACCACUGACGGAAAAACAUCCACUAGACCCACAACACCAACCACUACAACCACAAAACCUACCACAGCUACUAAAAAAAUGAAUACUAUAAACACAACACCAACUACUACAAAAUCAACCACUACUAUCACAACUACUAGAAAACCAAUAACUACAACCACAAUGCCUACCACUACUAUAAAAAUACCAACCACAACUACCACUACUAUUAGAAAACCCAUGACUACAACCACAACGCGAACUACUACUACCACUACCACUAGAAAACCAACCACUACAACCACAACGCGAACUACUACUAGAAAACCAACCACAACACCAACCACAACUACCACUACUACUAGAAAACCAAUCACUACAACCACAACGCGAGCUACUACUACUACUACCACUACUACUAGAAAACCAACCACUACAAUCACAACGCGAUCCACUACUACCACUACUAUUAGAAAACCCAUGACUACAACCACAACGCGAACCACUACUACCACUACUACUAGAAAACCAAUCACUACAAUCACAACGCAAACCACUACUACUAGAAAACCAACCACUACAAGCACAACACGAACCACUACUACCACUACUACUAGAAAACUCAUGACUACAACCACAACGCGAACCACUACUACCACUACUACUAGAAAACCAACCACAACACCAACCACAACUACCACUACUACUAGAAAAACCGUGACUACAACCACAACACCAAUCCAAAACACAAAACCAAAGACCACAACCAGAAAAAAUGCCAUUACAACAAAACAGACCACUACAAGCAAGAAAAUAACCACUAUAUUCACAAAGUCAACUACUACCAGAAAAACAACCAGUGCUACUUCUCCAAAAAGCAGUCUUCAGCCUGGUGUCCCCGCCCACUCUGGGACAUCACGUCCUACACUGGAUGCGAUUAUGAAAGCCAGUGGCCUGCGGGGGGCGCUGGUUGCAAGUUUGAUAGCUGGGGUGAUGGCACUGACCGUCGUGGUCUCUUGGCUGGUUAAAAAAGCUAAAGAAUCAUAUGCCCCAAAAGGGUAUGCAAAACUUCCCUUUGAUGAGCUGUUUUAUGAACUAUAACCAUAUGUUCACGAACUUAUCAAGACUGCAAAAACCAAGUGUUUUAGUAUCCUUAAGAAUCUGAAAAAUGUUUUCUUAAAGAAGUUGUUUUUUUAUUAGUACAGUAGUCAUUUUUCACCGAUAGAUAUUUUUUAAUCUUUGCUAUGGAGGCGUCUAUUUGUUUCCAAACCACCUCUGACUUCUGUCUCAUUCUCGAAAUCUCUCCCAGUCUAAUGCACUGCCCCUGCUGACACAUUAAAUUUGAUUUGAAGAGUACUUUCCGUUUAGUACUGUGUGUGAGCCUUUAUUUGUGUACGAGUAGGGUAAUCAUUUUACUAUAAUAAAAAAAAAAUACUUAUUAAAAACAUGUAAAGCCAUUCUCGACAAGUGUAGUACUUUUACUCACCGCUUGAUGGCAUCAUUUACUGCACUGCUUUGUCUAGCGAUUGAAUUGUUAACCGAAUCACUCUGCUGUGUUAAAGUCAAUAUGGAAAGGAAAAAUUAACUGUGGUGGACAAGAACAAUGUUUUUUGUCACCUUUAUUAAUAUUACUGGAUACUCUGCAAUCAUAGUUUAUCGGUUUAUAAAUUGAUAAAAUUAUUUUUAGGAUUCUUUCCAGUGGGAAUAAAGAGAAUAGCAUUGUGUGUUGAAAAAUAUAAAAACGUAUGAAAUAAA